CUCUCCAUCUUCCAACCCCUUUGCUCCCUUCCUACAUUCAUAAUGACGUCCGAUCAAGGAAGGGAAGCAAUCUCUAUCUCAAAGAAAAUUUCAUGACACCAAAGUUUUGACCAUUCCAAGCGCAAGCCCAUGGCUACAGGAGUGAAGGAAGUCCGCCUCAAAGAGAAGGGCAUCUCGGCUCCUUUAACCCCUCGAAGGGUUCUUCUCUCUCAUGGGGGACAAACAAUCCCAAAUGGAGACAUCCCCAUGGCAAAAGAAAAGCCAAUGCCCAACUAUCUCAAGCCAACCCUGAGCUCAUGUCAUGACACCUCCUGCAGCUACCCCAAGAGCCAGCAGCAGCAUGCUGAGGAUUCCAUAGCAUCAGCCGGCGCUAGGAAACGUCUUAUUUCUGUGAAGUCCAUGGAGAAGCCUGCCUCACCAUCAUCCCCCGAUAAAACCCCCAAAGGGAGGGCAUCAAGAACGGACCUCUCGCCGAAGGCUGCCCUUUCUCCAAAGGUUGUUCCAGAGAAAGCAUCGAAGGCUCCAACAGUUGGGAAAAAUCUCGCGAGGGCAAAAAGUUUCCCAAAGAGACGAGAAGCCAAUGGCACCCCUUCCACCACCAGUGCGAUCAAACCAGAGCAAGAGGAAAAGGUUCUCUUCAUCGACAGUGGGGUGCAAGGUCAUGCUGCCCGACAUGGAUCACAGGCCCCAAAGAGCAACACUGAAGGCAGGAACCGCACCAGUUUAGAGGAGAGCGAUACUGGGAAGCCAAGGGCUCCUCCAGGGAAGUUGUCAAAGAAGGUUUGCGGCAAUGAGGGAGCGCCGAAGAAGCUGAGAUUCCGACGAGGGAGAGAAGGUGAUGGAAAGGACGCAGUACUGGGUGAAAGGUUGAAGUUUCAGCAAAGGGAGAAGGUGGUGGAGGUGGCAGGAGAGGGGAAAGCGGAGCAAGAGAACGUAGUGCUAAAGAGGCAGGAGGUUAGAGAGAGGGGUGCACCACCGGCCUAUAAUGAUGUCAUAGAAGAGACAGCGGCAAAGCUGGCAACGAGGAGAAACAAAGUCAGAGCACUUGUGGGGGCAUUCGAGUCCGUUAUUUCACUACAAGAACCGGAGACUCAACCAAGUCAACGGCAGCAGGUGGCGGCGGUGAAGGUUGCAAGUGAUGAACCAGCUCAACUGAUGCCAGAGGUGGAGGAGGUCAAGAUCGGGGAGGACGGUGCUGAAAGAGGUCAACAACAGCCAGAGGAGGAGAAGGAUGAGAUAGAGAGUGGAGAAGAGGAGACAAAGGGUUGUCAAUCGGUUCAAGAGAGUCCACAGAAGGAGACGGAGGAGGAGGAAGAGAGUGGUGGAGAGGAUUGUGGCCAAUUGGAUCAAGAGAGUCAACACAAGGAGACUCGGGCAACCGGAGAGGAGGGUGAUGGGGUGGAGGAGGAUGGUAGCAAUGUGACAAAAGAGUAGACCGAGUCAUUCGAAAGGGCGAAGGAGAGAGGGCCAAGGAAUAAUGUUGAGCCUUUGGAUGUCCGAGGGUCUUCGAUUCUUUUCAUCAAGGGAGAUCUUUGAACUACUUUUAUCUAAAACAUUAUCGCGCUUAUUGUUGUAUUGGAACUUUAUGCCCUCAUAUGUUAUAAGUGAUAAGAACGAAAAAUGAUUGUAUCACCAAGAUAAGUGGACGACUCUGUUAUGAACUAUAAAGUUAAUGCAUCCGUAUAUAAGAUUGAUUACGCUAUCAAA